AGUCCCUAGUCGCCCUCCUGCUUGGCUUCUGACUCUGGCUUGCCUUUCUUUGGGGCCGGAGCAGCCCAGCCCUCGGAGCGGAGCAUGGCCCUCUCCUCCGCCGCCUGAUGCUCCCCCUCCAGCCCCGCUCCGGGCUCCUCUGGGCGGCUGCUGCUGGUGCUGCCUUGUCCUGGGCCGGCCUUGGCCUGGGCUCCGGGCGGGAUGUACACCUUCGUGGUGCGGGACGAGAACAGCAGCGUCUACGCCGAAGUCUCCCGGCUGCUGCUCUCUUCGGGGCAGUGGAGGCGCCUCAGGAGGGACAACCCCCGCUUCCACCUCAUGCUGGGCGAGAGGAACCGGCUGCCCUUCGGGAGGCUGGGGCAUGAACCUGGCCUCGUUCAGCUGGUAAACUACUACAGAGGAGCUGAUAAACUUUGUCGCAAAGCCUCUUUAGUGAAACUCAUCAAGACAAGCCCUGAAUUGGUAGAGUCUUGCACAUGGUUCCCGGAAUCCUAUGUGAUUUAUCCAACCAACCUGAAUACUCCAGUAGCUCCAGCACAGAAUGGGAUUCAUCAUCUGAUAAACAACACAAGGACAGAUGAAAGGGAGGUCUUCCUGGCAUCCUAUCAGAAAAAGAAAGAGAGUGGAGAAGGAAAUGUGUGGAUAGCCAAAUCCUCGGCAGGUGCCAAAGGUGAAGGAAUUCUUAUUUCUUCAGAGGCUACUGAACUUCUGGACUUUAUUGAUAAUCAAGGACAAGUACAUGUGAUUCAGAAAUACCUUGAGAAGCCUAUGCUCUUAGAACCCGGUCAUCGCAAAUUUGACAUUCGAAGCUGGGUGCUAGUGGAUCACCUAUAUAAUAUCUACCUCUACCGAGAAGGUGUUCUACGGACCUCUUCAGAACCUUACAAUAGUGCUAAUUUCCUAGACAAAACCUGCCAUUUGACCAAUCACUGCAUACAGAAGGAAUAUUCUAAAAACUAUGGGAGAUAUGAAGAAGGGAAUGAAAUGUUUUUUGAGGAGUUUAAUCAGUAUCUCAUGAGUGCUUUGAACACUACUCUGGAAAAUUCAAUCUUAUUACAAGUCAAAAAUAUAAUAAGAAGUUGCCUUAUGUGUAUAGAACCUGCUAUCAGCACCAAACACCUCCAUUACCAGAGUUUCCAACUCUUUGGCUUUGAUUUCAUGGUGGAUGAAGACUUGAAGGUUUGGCUAAUUGAAGUCAAUGGUGCCCCUGCGUGUGCCCAGAAACUUUAUCCAGAGCUUUGCCAAGGCAUCGUGGAUGUAGCUAUCUCUAGUGUCUUUCCUCUUACUGAAACCAUGCAAAAGCAGUGUCAGCAAUCAGUAUUUAUUAAAUUGUAAUGUUAUUUUUUAAAAAAGGCAUCUGUGUAACAGGCAGGGAAAAACUGCCAACUGUUCAGUUCUAGCGACAAUGAAGAGAUAUGGAUUGAUUGUUUCACCUGCUGAUCAUGCCCCUGCAAAAAAGAGAGAGAAAGACAGAUAUCGUCUUGGGAUUUCAGAAGUGAAAGAGUUUCAGAGAUAAGUCCAAGAUGAACCAAAGUUGUCACAUCAACUCUGUGUGUUCUGGAAAAUGUUUACUUUAGAAACAGUUCCUGUAAUUGAAGCAACACUUUCUGGGAGAACAGCGUAACUGUUUUUUGUUUUUUUAAUUAAAGUUUAAAAAGGGUUUUUUUCACUGUUCCUCUCCCCCAUGUAAUAAUUUAUUUUAGCAAAUGGGUGUUAGCAUUAAUAUCCUUCCAAGGACAUAAUAGUUUGAAGGUUGAAUCAACCCAGUGUGCGAGGUUGUUUUGUUUUCUUCACCUGCUGCAGUUCUAGUGCCUUAGCUUUGUUCCUAAUGACUAACUUACUCUGUUCUUGUCUAGUUCUGUAGAGGUUUUUUUUUUAAAAAAAAUCUGUCCUGUGGAGUACAGACUGUUUCUUGCAAACCUUUGUUUGUUUAUAUAUAUAUGGGCACAUAUGUUUGGUUUUUUAAAAGUCAAUACAUAACUGUUCUAAAUGCAGAAGACUAACCUAAAGGAUGAAGUACCAUUGUUUCCUUUUACUUUCUAAUACAGGCUGCCACAGCUUAUGAUCUAACAAUGCAAAACAUAACCUUUCCAUCAUAUCCUGUGCAGACCUAGAAAAAAUCACUUUUGUAUGACAGCUCCCAGAAUCCCUCAGGCAAUAUGACCAGUAAUCAUAUUGGCUGAGGGAUUCUGAGACCAGUGGCCCACGAAGCAACUUUGCCACAUUGAUCCUCUGCCUUGGCAGGCAAUUGACUAUGUCUGUAUAUUAGCACUCCUGAGAAUGUCAUUUAUUAAAACUAAAGGUUUAUUAAUGUUGCAAUCUUUUAUGUACUUACUUGUGAGCAAGACACAUUUAAAAUAGUGGUACUGAUUUCUGAGUAAACAUGCAUAAGACUGGACAAGUAUCCAUUGUCUUACCUACUUCAGCUUGGCUGGACGUAUGUCCCAUGGCUAAUUUCUAAUGCAGUUUCAAUGCAUUCUUCUUUAGAAUCGGAUAUUCUAGCUGAAAGAGGCACUGAAAUCACAGUGUAUUUAUCCCUGCAUUCGGACUGCAUGCAACUUUUUGUUCAAAACAUUCACAUCAUUUGGACUCCAGAGUUUUGUAUGUUGUUAUCUAUAGAUCUCCUUUCACUGUUCUUUGAUUUGUUUGUGAGCAUUUAACCUUUUUUUCUUCUUGGUUUUCAUAUAUUUCCUUGUUUUUUAUUCUUGCCUCUUAAAGGAGGAGGAUCAGUGGAAAAGAACAUUGCCAGCUUCAAUUGCCACUUUUAAAAACCUCAUUCCUCCCUUGGCAUGUCUCUUAUUAGUAAAUGCUUUUGAAAGGUGGCUGAUCGCUUCCCCCAUUUGACAACCACUGCGGCCUAAUUCAGAUGUCAUAGCCAAACCAUGGUUUUGUCAUUGUGAAUCAGUUACCAUUCUGUCACUUCACUUCCCGUUUCCUUCAUAUACUCUAAUUUAUCCCUUCAUUAUUUAUAACAACUGCAGUUUGCCAAGAUAUCCAAAUGGGUCUGACUAUUGCCACAUUGUUGGAUUCCAAAUUGCCAUUAGAAACUCAGUUUAGAUAGUGGUUUGGAGGCAAACUAUGGCUUGUGGUAACCAUUGUUUGCCCAAUGUAGACAUUAGAAUAAGUUUGGGAGGCAGCUAAGUCCAUUCAUGAUAGCUCAUUCAUGGUCUGGCCAUGACAUUAUAGAGGCCUGUAUUUCUUUUCCAUUGUUAACUAAUGCCAAGAGAAAGUAGAUGUUGGCACCUACUAGAUCCCAGGCUCAAAUGGAGCACCCUGAAUUAUACAGGUUGCCCUCCUUGUUGCCAGCAUAGAUGCAAGAUGGCUAUAUAUAUAGAGAGAGGUAACUAUAUUAAGGAGAUUUCCUGGCAGUCUACUUGAACCUCUCCCAAUGUCAUCCAUCCUUUUAUGAUAGCAGCUUUCUUCUAAAACUAGGGCUGAGUAGGGCCAGGAAUUAGUGAUGUAACUCUGCUGGACUCUUUCCAUCAAAAUCAUUGAUCCUCCCUUCUUGCAGGCCUAUCUACCCUAAAAACAUGCUCAAGAUGAUAAAGAAAGAAGCUGGUAGCAUGAGCUUUCGUAGACUUGAGCCUACUUCUUCAGAUGUGUGUUGAGUACUAAAAUAAGCAUGCAUCUGAGGAAGUAGGCUCAAGUCUAUGGAAGCCCAGGCUACUAGCUGCUUUCUGGGAAACCCUUUGGAGCUGUUUUUUUGUGUCACAGAGGAGUGCAAGCAGGAGGAGGACAAGAUGAAAAUCCUGAGUCAACUGACAAUAGAUGGGGAAUUGACACUGUGGAGUCUUAGCUCAAGGGAUACUGUUUAUACAAUCAGCCCUCCUUAUCCACAGAUAUUUUUAUCCAUGGAUUCAAGCACAGCUUGAAAAUAUUUUUAAAAAGUAUAAAUUCCAAUUAGAAAACCUUGAUUUUCCAUUUUAUAUAAAGGACACCAUUUUGCUAUGUCAUUGUAUUUAAUGGGACUCAAGCAUCCAUGGAUUUUGUUAUCCACAGUGGGUCCUGGAACCAAACGCUGACGGAUAACAAGGGCCCACUGUAGUUAGCAAUAUACUCAGCUAAGGAAGACUGUAUGUUUGUUAAAGACAGUAUUGCAAAAUGGAGGGUAAUCUAUUUUGUUAAUCUCUCAGUUAGCAUUAAUAUUGAGGUUCUCCCCUCUCCCCAGUGAUUGUUUUUGACAUUUGUGGGCUGAACAGGCUGUCUGUCACUCCUCCCUGAAACACUUUUUGUUUUUAAACAUUUUAAAUGGCCAUUAAAAUGGAACAUUCCUAUCAAAAAUUAAAUAUUUUAUUUUAUUAUUCAUUUUAUGGUACAAAAAUGGCACUGUUUGUGUGUUCUAGAUUAAAUGAUAAGUAUAUUUAUUUGAAAGUAAGGCUGAGUGCAAUAGGAUGAGAACAAACAUUAGCACUUGUUUCCAGCAGGAAUUUUGGAGUCUUAAUCCCAAAUGGUAGGCUAGACAAUUUUGAACUCAUGCGUAGUUGUGGUAUGGCUAGAAUAUUGACUAGAUACUUAUACACUGAUCCUAUAAGUAUUUAUUUAGUGAGAGAAUCAUCUGGUUAUAGCAGAACUUCAUGUAUCACAACUUUAGGUUUAAUAUUCAGGAAGUUUCAGUUGAUUUUCCAAAUAUUUGUUAUGAACAUAUAAGAACUGAUGAGCAUUCUACAAACAAUUAUGCAUUGUGAAGACAUUGUCAUUUCUAGAUAUUUGCAUGUUGCAUGUUCAAAUAGUUUAGUUCAAAAGUGCUGGGUGAUCAUUCGAAUUACAAAAAUUGAGUGAACUUACAAAUGGAAGAGCAUACUAGACAGUUUUAACCAAGAGAUCCUCUGGUUGGGAUUGAGAACAUAAUUAUGUACCACAGCAAAUCCAGCCAAUAAGAGUUCUGACAUUAGCAAUAGCAAAAACAUUUCUAUACCACUUAUCGGUACACUUAAGCACUCCCUAAACCAUUUACAAUGUGUAAGCUAAUUCCCCCAACAAGCUGGGUACUCGUUUUAGCGACCUUGGGAAAAUUCCAGGCUGAGUCGACGCUGAGCCCAUGGCUGGUAUUGAACUCACAACCUUGUGGUUUGUGAGUGAGUGGCUGCAGUACAUCUGUUGUAUGUUAUGGUCAGAGAAUCUUGGCAACAUCCUAAUGAUGGAAGAAUUAACUGAGAAAUUCAAGGCCACUGUAUAUUCAACAUAACAUGGUACACAUUUACUAGUUUGCAAAUGAGAAUGGCAGUCCGUUCUGUCUCCCCCCAUGUUGUUAUUAUGAUUAUUAUGCUUAUUAUUAUUUUGAAAAAAUGCUCUAUCUUAGUUGAUAUUAUAUUGGCUAAAGAUUUUUAGCUUGAUUCACCUCCUCAUACAAGAUCUCAGGUCCAUUGUUGGGUUGGUUGUGUUUGUUUCUGCAAAACUUUAAAAUACUAGUAGAGAAAAAGGUAGCUUGGCUAACUGGAGCCUAGUGCCAGUCCAGUUGAACAACCCCCCCACAGUCCUUGGCACUACCCCCCAAAAAUCCAGCCCUGCUGCUGUCCUGCCCACAUUUACUUCAGAGGAAGUCCCCUGGAACUCAAUAGAACUACACAUAAAGAUGAUGGAGUGAGCUUAUCCUCUACAGUGAUGGGGAAUAGUCUGCAUGCAAUGAAAUUUUUAAAAGUCACUGUUAUAUAAGAUUCCGAGACAUAACCAUGUCAGUCUGGAAAAUCAGUCUGCAAAGAAAUCUUGUAGCACCUUUGAGACUAACUGCAAGAAAGAAGCCGGUAACAUGAGCUUUUGUAGACUUCAGCCUACUUAUUCAGAUGGAUGUUGAGUACUAAAAUAAACAUGUAUUUGAGGAAGUAGGCUCAAGUCUACAGAAGCUCAUGCUACCAGAUGCAGUUAGUCUCAAAGAUGCUACAAGAUCACUUUGCAUACUGUUAAAUAAAAUGUACUCCUCAGGAUCUGGCUAGCUAGCUAGUUUGAAUGCUUGCUAUGAACAUGCUGCCAUACUAUUGGCCUAAUAUGAAUUGUAUGGACAUGCUUGCAAAUGAUGUCUGUUCAGGCAUACAAGCUUUUUAGCCUUUGGGCUGUGGUACUACCAUUUAAGCAAAUGUUACCUGAUGUUUGCUUUGCCAAACUGCAUUUAGUGGAAAUGUUAACUUUUGGCUUCUGGCAAGUGCAGAACCAGGUCUUUGACAUCUUAUGGCACACAUUAAGUUGCCUGAUGAGCUUCAGUAUAAAUUUUAUUAAGGGUGAUAGUUGCAAAUUCUCCAAGAGCAAACAUGUCCAACCAGAGUAUUCAGUUUAAUGGGGCAUUUCUGAAUUCAGUGCAAAUGCUUAACUGGGAUUAGAAUUGCCAGCUUUUAUUCAGCUCUUUGGUCUUUAGCCACAUUUGAUUGUAUUUUCCUGCAUGGCAGGAGGUUGGACAGGAUGGCUCUUCCAACUGUACAAUUCUAUGAUUCUAUGACUAACCCAUCCAAAAAGCGCAACUGACCGCGAUCACACAAAAGACUUUCAGGUGAUGUCGUGCAGAUCCCAUCAUUAACCUAUCAAUAAAGUAACAUUGGCCAGCAUUUUGCAUUAACAGAAGUUUGCAUUAUUACAAUGCCGCUUUAAUGGCGGGAUCAGUGCUACAAUUUGAAAGACUUUCACGCUAUCGCAGUCACGGACGGCUUAAUGGUGGGAUAAGGACGGAGAAGCGAUCCUGUCCCUAUCCCGUUUGUGUUUGAUAAUCUCCUGAAACUUUUUUCCAGACCUUUAAAGCAGAGUUUUUUGUUGCAGCAGGUGGAUAUCACAGUGGCUACAGUGGUUGUGGUAUUCUAGAAAUGCUAAUCAAAAAAAUAACUGUGCUAAGAUAGAUUGUGGAUAGCAUCUCUCCUAUACAGAGGAAGAUGUUAUGGAGCACUGGCUGCUGAUCACAACUCCUGAACUUAGUUAUCAGUCUGUAUGUGCAAGAGAAUAUUGGUAGAUACUUAUUCAAUAAGCUUGUCUGCCACUAUUGGUAGUUUUGUAAGCUUCUGAAUAAACUCUUGAUUGCUGAGAAAGCUGUUCGAAAACCAUGCCCUUGAGCAAAAUUGGAGAAAUAUUGGCUGCUCAGAUGUUUUGACCUGCAAUUCCCAUCAUCCCCAUCCCACAUGUCCAAUAGUAAAGGUUUGUGAGAGCGUGAGUCCUAAACAUCAGGAGGCCCAAAGGUUCCUUCUCCUGCUGGCUUGAGGUAUUGUCUAUGCAGAUUUCCUUCAAGUCAUAGACAAGCUAUUCAAUGACUCGGUUCUUAGCAAUUGGCAUAUACAUCCAAGUAGCUUUUGGAUCAUGCCUCUUGAUUUAUUGCCAUGUCACACAAUGAUGUUGGUGUCUUCAUUUAAACAUUUUAAAAAUACACUUUUCCAUUUAUUGUAAUUUGUCUCUGAUGGCCUAUUGCUGAUGCUUCAUACAUUGUUCACAUUUUCUGCUUCAUUUCUCCCCUUCUUAUAAAAUUUUGUAUAGUGUUGGUUCAACUGUUAAGUUAAAUCAAUGAGACUGUUUUAAAAUGUUUUUGAAUUAUGGAUUGUUCGCAUUGAACCCUCUCAUGAGCAAAGAAAUAAUAAUGUAACUUUAUUCAUUCAAAGUAAUUUUAAAACUCCCUGUCCAUUUUAAUAAUCUACCACUAAGAUGACUUGAACGGACGACUUAGCUUAUGCAUUUACAAUGGGAUUAGAUAUGUAUAUUUGAAGGUAAGAGAAGUAGAUAGAGUUUUAAAUGAUGGAAACCAGUGCUUGACCAGCUGCCUGAAAUAUCUUUGGUAUCCACACAUUGCGUGAAAGAAAAUGAGAAAACUUGUGGUAACUUAUAAAAGAAUUUGGCAAGAGCAAAAUAGCAAGAAAGUCCUUUUAAAUGUUAAUUUGUAGAAUUUGAAUUUUCUCCGUUAGAAGUAAGUUCUCUUCUGUUAUUGUUCUUUUUUAAAAUGAAAACUUAAUGAAUGCUUAUGGUCUCUCUUUUCUUCAGUUUUGCAGGAAAGCUAUUAAGAAAAUUAGUACUGUAUAGCAUACAUACAAUUUUUAAAAAAUCUCAAAAGGGCUAUAUUCCACUAUGAAACAAUGAAGUGUAUGGCCUCUUCUGAUAUUGGAAUAUAUAUUUUCUAAACUGUGCAACCUUUAUAAUGUUCUGGGAUCAUAUGUACUGGGGUUUAUUAUGCUGCCCAUAUCCACUGGUGAGCAGAUUUGUCAACUUUAGGAACAGGUUAUCUACUGAACAAACCUUCAGAGCAAUAACUGCGAUGAAUCCAAGCACUAGGGUGUAAAUACUCAUAUUACUCAGUUCAGACCUCGUUUACAUUUGUUCCGUAAAAUGAAUGGGGUGUUGUAUGAUAGAUAAGAAAAGAUGUUCUUAAAUAUAGAAUGAAUGAAGGAGGGGAUGCAUUUGAAAGUUGUAGCAUCGUUUCUACUCAAAAAAGUAGAAACCUCUUAGUGGAGAGGUACAUCCAAUUUGAAAGAGAAGUUCAGACAUUUCAAGGGGGGGGGAGUAGUAAUACAUUGUCAGCUACACCUGUUUAUGUUAGCAAACAUUUGGGGCUUGUACAAUAAUGCUGAUGUAAUUUGGGUUUGUCACAUUUUAGGUUGAGUUACUCUGUGUGCCUUCCAGAGGAGAUCUAUUUUGAACUGAGGUGUAAAACAACUUACUCAGGUGGGAUUUGACCACGGCUCGGAGCAUUUCCUAUUGUUAGAGCACAUACUGCUUUGGGCUGAGGCCACCCAGAACUCCUGCAUUAUUUUCUAGAUAUGGUUCUCCUUUCAGAAGUUUGAGCACAGUGACUCUUUCUGUUCUCAGGGAACUUUUUCCACACAUUGGCAUAUCUGCAAGGAACUCCAAUAUGUUGCAGAGGAUGCUUGGAUAUAUUUUAUGAUGCACAACCAGUUUCUGCAAGAUAUUGACUGGACAUUGCAAUGCUGUAAUGUCACCAUGUGGAAACUGAGACAGCAUCCACACACUACAGAAAUUACCCUGGCUGACAUGACUUUAACUGCCAAGGCUGAGUGCUAUGGAAUUCUGGGAUUUGUAGUUUUGUGAAAUAUUUAGCCUUUGUUGUCAGAGCGCUCUGGUGCCAUGACAAACGAUAAGUGCCAGAAUUCCAUAGCAGUGAGCCAUGGCAGUGAAAGUGGUGUCAAACUGGAUUGUUUCUGCAGUGCGGAUGCAGCCUAAAAGUGUACAGCAAGGUAUACCAAAAUUUCCCUGCAGGAGUGCAUUGCAGAGAAAGCUCAGUACUGGUAAAUAAGAAAGAAUUCCUGUUAUGCUUAAUGCCUUGGUUACCUACUAACAAACUGAUCUAGCUGCAUGUUAAUUUACGUUUUCAAGUUGCAGUUUGUAUUUGGAAUGAGCCAACUAUUGAGAAUUUCCUGAACCUAUUGUGUAAUCAUAUUCUCUGUGUAUAUGUGGUUUUCUGUUUUGGAGGAAGGGCUUCAAACAGACUUCUCCCUUGUUGUGCCCUUUUCCAUCUCUUCUGGAGGGUUCCCCUAGUAGAUCAUGGGAAUGGGAGGGGGGAAUCUGUUGUACAUCAGUCCUCCAUGUCAUAUUCCUGCAGUGAAUAGCAAUGUAAGGUUUGGAAGCUGUUGAUAACAAAAUAGGUGUUCUUUUUAAAUAGAAGCACUAUUAAAAAAUUAAAUAUAACAGUAGGUAAGAAAUGUUCUUCCCAGUAGGUAAAUAAAAUAAGACAUUGAUGUUGCAGUCAUAAGAUCAUGUUGUAAGAUCUCUGGGCAGUAAAAUCAUUUGGGGGAAAUUAAAAGAUGAGGCAAAAUGUUAAAAUGUUAAAAAUAACGGAAAUGUUCUAAAAGCAUAUUAAACCAUCACAUAAUUUAAAAGUCUACAUUAAAGCAGUCUAAACCCAUAUAUACAAAAACACUGGAUGAGGUCAUUAGACUCCAAUGGCUUUAGUAAAAAGGUGACUUUUAACUUAGCACUGGAAGGAAGGCAAUGUGAAACAGUCUCCAAAUAUAAAGCAUUGCACAAGUGAGGUGCCACAGUGGAGAAGGCCCCUUCCCAUGUCCUCAGUGUAUUGCUUCCACUGGUGGGAUUCAAACAACAGCAACUGGUGUUCCUCAGGGUGACCAGAUGUCUUAACCAAAAAGGAGGGCAAGGCACUGUGAGACAUUCAAGGAAAAACUAGAGAACAUUACCACAUAAAAACUAAAACAUGCUUCUUAGUUGUGCUCAAAAUGAAGGACAUUUUGGAUCCUUUCUGGGCAGAAGGUUGAAAUGGAGGACAUGUCUGGGGAAAGGAGGACAUCUGGUCACCCUGGUGUUGCUUUUCCAGAAUGUAAAUUACAUCAUUUAGUUUUCUGUCUGUUGUGGAACUAAUGAAGAAGCACAGCCUCUUUUAGGAAACAAGUGGCAACCCUUGUAGCAGAAGUAGCAACCAGGUGCCUCCUUGAUGUUUUGCACUACAACUUUCAUAGGCUGAAACCAGAAUAACCACCUGUUGGGAAUUACAAGAGCUGUAGUCAAAACAUAAACAAAGUAUUGUGUGAAACAAAAUCCUCUUCCAGGAUUUUUGCACCAUCUCUUUCCAUGAUCUGUUUUCUUAAGUGACAAUAUUAAAAAUGGGAAGGAGCUGAACUUUUUCUCUGUUUACCCCAGAAGAUACAGCUGAGUAGAGCUUUUGAGUGUAUCUGACAGGCCAGAUGCCAUGGAGUUUAAACACACAUGUGAAUGUACUCAUUUAGUGGUUAAGGUCUUUCGUAGUGAUGAGACAAAAUGAACUUUUAUCUUAACUUUAUCAGAUCUUUCUGAGAUGGAUUAAUUGUUUUAACUCCAUAGGGAAAUAUCCUGUUCAGUGUUACAAACACCAGGCUAAAAACAGUACAAUGUCCACCUCCUACAGUUUUCGAGGCUGCCAUGCAAACCAUUACAAAUAUAUUAAUAUUGUUUCUGGCUCCAAACUAAUUUUACUCAUUAUGGCCAGGCUUGGGUAUUUCACUGUAUUUGAGGAACCUCAACAUUUAAUGUGUAUGAAUGGUCAAGACAUUCCUUCUCUGAGCAUUACUUACUAAAAUAAACAUACAGUGUACUAUGCCUCAGAAACUGUACUGUUGUUGUUGGCUGGAGUGGGCUAUAGAUUACAAGGUCUGAAACCAUCAUGGCGUUAUUCAUGUGAUGUCUGAAAUUGUGUCAUGCGAUCUUUUGUUUGUCUUCAAAAAAUUGUAGUGUGAUUCUGUAUGUUUGUGUCUGAUGGAAUAUGUGGCUGUAAGCAGUGCAUGGGUUUUUUGCAGAUAUUUGUAUCCAGACCUCUCUUAAACAAAUAAAAAAAUACAAAAGCUGA